UGAUUACAAUGGUGCACAUUUACACAAAGAGUUCUCGGUGCGCACAAUGCUAUUCUGCAAUGUACACUGUUAUCAUUAUAAAUGUGUAAUAAUGACAAAAACGACGCGCUGCAGUGAUCCGGGGUCUGGACAAGUAAACCGCGCGCGGUGCGUGCUACGGCGUGUAUUUUGUGUAGGUUGGCAAUUUCUUUGUCAGGUGGGUUUUUUUCGUAUCUUCACUUGAUUGCGCGACGAGUACCACCAAUCGCAAGCCUGAAGCGAGCUAGCGUCAAGACUUUUUUGGGGGGUCUAUCUCAAUGAAAUUGCAAUAAAUCCACAGAUAAUAGCGUCUGUAUAAGAUUGACUACUAGCUGCAGCCACGCUUUCUGUAUAAAACGCGGUCGCUUUCUCUUUUCACUCAAGGUGCAGCGGUGAUUUGGAGAAGGACAAUGGCGAACAACAGCCCCAUUUCAAGACCAGUUCGGUACGGGUAUGCUGGGUUCGGAAACUUCGAUUGACGGGACAAUUAGAAUUAGGAUCCGCUACUACCCACCCCCUGCCAUUGACGUGCUAGUGUACAAACAUACUGGCAUUUCUUAAAGGGAGGAGUGGCAGAGAGGGACGGUGUGGAGUGCUGACUCGCAGAGCUGCUGGUAGUAUCUGCGUUCAGACGCUGUUUUCAGAGCCGCUGCAUUCGCUCGCUUUAUCACCUUUCCACACCAAAGCUGCGGGGAGUGACGGGACUCGGGCACAGAGCUGUAACGCGUGUGGUUUGAAGUGAGGAUCUUUGCUGCUGUUUCGUGAUCCUUGAUUUUAUAUAUGUAUCAGGAUUUGACCUGUACAAAGACUCCUCGCUGGGUGAUUCCGGAGACGGGACGGCAUCGUUAAUGAAGGUGAUUUCUGGAACAGGACAAUACAGGCGGUGUGUAUUGGAGGAGAAUGCUGGACUGGUCCGCCUAAAAAUAUCCCAGGUCCAGAUUCAGAUCCCCAUGUGCUCUACAGCGCUGGGUAAGCAUAACUGCUGUUUCAAAGAGCACGGGUUUUGCAAUAUCGUCGGGCUGGGAGUGCGCUUGUACUGAAAAUCACAGCUAGCUAAUAACAUUGCGUUUUAUCUCCCUGCAUUGAUUUUUUUUUCAUAAAACCUUCAUUGGAAACAGACGGGACGGAAUGCGCUCGACCCGAAUAACGCAAUGAAAAUGGAUUGUAUUCUAUCGCCUCUCUCCUCUUGCGACUGUAUUUUGAUUGCUGUGUGUGUCGCUACGGUUUGCUGACUGCGGUGUGCUGAAUAAUGCCAGUUUACCGGAGGCAUCCCUGAGACGCUGUAUCAUACCGGGUUGGUGAUAAAGGAACAGGCUGUUUCCACAUCAGCCAGGUGCACAAUGAUGUCGACUCCCAUCUCGGAUUCCCAGGCCCUGUAUAUCGCGGUGGAGCUAUUCCUUGCGGUGUCCUCUGUGCUGGGUAACGUGAUGGUGGUUUGGGCUGUCAAGAUUAACCGGGCACUGAGGGACACAACGUUCUGCUUCCUCGUUUCCUUGGCCCUCGCUGACAUCGCGGUGGGUGCGCUGGUCAUCCCUCUGGCGAUAAACCUCAGCAUCGGACUCCAAACCCAUUUCUACAGCUGCCUGCUGGUAGCGUGCAUCGUGCUGGUCCUGACGCAGAGUUCAAUCCUGGCACUGCUAGCCAUAGCCAUUGAUCGGUACCUGAGGGUGAAGAUACCGACAAGCUACAGGAGGGUGGUGACUCAGAAGAGGGCCGGAGUGGCGGUCAUGGUGUGCUGGGCAGUGGCCUUCAUUGUGGGGUUCAUCCCCAUGCUGGGCUGGAACAACCUGGAGAAGAUCAACUCCACAGACCUCCUGGUCACCUGCCAGUUCGAGAACGUCAUCAGCAUGGAUUACAUGGUUUACUUUAACUUCUUCGGGUGGGUCCUGCCCCCGCUGGUGCUGAUGCUGCUGAUCUACACGGAGAUCUUCUGCAUGAUCCACAAGCAGCUCACCAAGAAGGUGUCGGCCAGCGCCUCCGACCCCAGCAGAUAUUACAACAAGGAACUGAGACUGGCCAAGUCGCUGGCACUGGUGCUCUUUCUGUUCGCUGUCAGCUGGCUCCCCCUUCAUAUCCUCAACUGUGUUACCUUGUUCUGCCCCUCCUGCAAGAAACCAAUGGUCCUGACUUACAUCGCCAUAUUCCUGAGCCACGCCAACUCAGCCGUGAAUCCCAUCAUAUACGCGUUCAGGAUCAAGAAAUUCAGAACAGCCUUUCUCACAAUCUGGAGGCAGUACUUCUGUUGUAAGAAAACCCCCGAUCUGGAGGACAAUCUCCAGAACGAGAAAACCGACCAUCAGGAAGUUCAGAACGCUGUCUGACCUGCAGCUGCGUGAGACACAAGCAGCUUUCACUGUCCCGUUCAUUAUCUAUAUAAGCAUCAAGAGAGUGGCUUUUUAUUAUUUAUUUAAAAAUAGUGCUCGGUUGAUUUUAGUAAAGCUGCACAGUGAGUGUGUCGUGUAUUGCACCAUGAAACCACUCUGUACAAUCCCACCUCGUUCGCAAUAAUGACCGUUCACUGCCAGUUAUCAUGCCGGCAGAGACUUUUGAAAAAGACAAAAGACACUUUUCUUUAAUGAAUGACUGAUAUCAAUCUGCACUGAACAGCGUAAUCACAUGUGAUAUAUGAUUUAAAGCCUCCAUACUGUACCGUCACUAUACCCGCACAGCGAGUGGGACAGUCUUGAGGGAAGUUUGAGAGACGCAACACUUUGGGUACUAAAUGGACACGGUCUGAUUUGUAGCAUGUGUAUUUGUAUGUUGUAUUACUAACCUUGUUUUUCAGUAGUGCUGCAUAUUAUAUUAACGUGUGUAAAGUUAUGGAUGAUGAAAAAACGAUCAAUGGUUGUAAUAUGCAAUCUAUUGAAAGGGUAGCGUUGUGACCCAGAGAUCCAGACAAAAGUCCCGUUAGACCUAAAUAAAGAGACUCUUAGAAAUCCA